AUGGCACGGCGGCGGGCAGGGAUCAGUGGGCUACAGCAGCAAGCACGAACAAAUGCCGAGUUUCAGCGAGCGGGUGAAGCGCUAUCGAACCAGCAACUGGAGCAGCUCAAAACCCAGCUGACGCUCUUCAAAACGAAUUUGGAAGACUUUGCGAAAAAGUAUCGGAAAGACAUCAAAAGAGACCCAAAGUUCCGUAUGCAUUUCCAACGGAUGUGCACAAACAUUGGGAUAGAUCCUCUGGCUUCGAAUAAGGGAUUCUGGUCCGAACUACUUGGCGUUGGGGAUUUCUACUAUGAGCUUGGAGUCCAGAUCGCAGAGAUUUGCAUCGCGACCAGGGAGCGCAACGGAGGGCUGAUCGAUGUGCGAGAUCUCAAAAGGUUGCUCGAGCGGUUAAGAGGAAAGGAUGCGCAAGAGAUCAGCGAAGACGAUAUAGCGCGGAGUAUCAAAACGCUCAAACCGCUCGGCAGUGGUUUCGACAUUGUGCAGGUCGGAGUGCGCAAGCUGGUACAAUCAGUGCCCCGAGAGCUCAAUACGGACCUGUCGACCGUUCUGGCGCUGGCGCAAUCGACGGGUUAUGGUGGGUUUGUGACGGUUCCUUCGGUAGUAGCUGCCCGUGGGUGGGAUCCAGACCGGGCGCAACGGAUACUGGAUGACCUUCUGAAAGAAGGGAUCUGCUGGAUAGACGAGCAGGCCCAUCCAGCUCAAUACUGGGUAGCGGGAUUCUUCGAUACUUGA